UACCGUACUCAUUAUCUCCAAUUGUAAAUGUAGCCUAUUCAGUAUUCAUGCAAAUAAAAGUACAUAGAAUUAUCAAUAUCGAUGCCUGGAUCUAGGCCUAUGUACUGUAUGGUCAGUUUGAUAAGUGUUGCAUCUCAGAAUCAGGCUUCAAUACGGUAUACUAUAUACUCACCUGUAAUCAGCAAUGAAAAUAAUAUUGAAGAUUCCUAUUUGGAAGAACUGGGCUUUUUGAAUUAUUGUCGGUCUUGGUCAAUACAAUAAUAAUAUAAUAGGGUCACUGUAUACCAAGAAAACAUCAUAUUUUCAACAAAAUUAUAGAGCAAUUUUCCAGUAUAAUGUUUCAAGCUUUUUGGAAAGUCACAACUGAAUGAAGAGAGAUGAAUUGAACUUCUUAACUUGUUGCAACUACUCCAAUCAUGCGUGAAGUAGUGAUUUUUGUCAGUAUUUACCGGUACAUGAAUUUCAAUUUAUUGACCCAAAACACUAACUUUGUCAACACUAGUCAAUAACUUUAAACUCUCGAUGGAAACCCUACAUAAUGCAUCAUAUCCAUAAAGUGGAAGGGUUUUAUGAAAUAGAAGUAGGCUACUGUGAAUUCACUGUACAACAGCAGCUAUCUUUGGUGAUGAAGAUUUUUGGCGUUUUAAAAAAAGUUGCAAUUGAGUUUUGCUCGGCAACAUCUUUACAUGGAAUGCAAUAUACUGUUGAGCCUCGGAGAGCACUCAUUGAAAGAUUAUUCUGGAAAUUGGCUGUAGUUGCAGCAUUAGUCGGUUCAUUAUUGAGUUUUCUUGCAAUAUACAAUACGAAGUAUUCUCAAGUUAUCACCUCGCUUGUGACUACCAGCUAUACUAACUUCAAAUAUGAACAGCUAGCCUUGACUAUCUGCAACAACAACAAAGCAUCAAAAUCCUCUGUUGAUCGUUUCUUCAAAAUGAUGUGAGUUAACAGUUAUUAGAUUUUCCAUUGUGAGUCUGUUGACUAUUUCAUCACAUAUAUGAACAGAGUGUAUCAAGUUCAUAAAACAAA